AUGGCCGCCGGCAGUGCAGCGCGCAUCAGGCUGGUGCCAGUCAAGCUGGAGCCAUCAAUUACCUCGGCUGCGGAGCUGCCCCCAAAGACCGCCCUGGCAGUGCACGCGCUGCAGGUGGUUCAGGAAGCCGAUGAGCGGGUGAAGCUAUCCCAAGAAGCCUUGAGGGAGGCAGCAGUCCGAAAUACGAGCGGCACGCUUGAGCUGAGGAUGCAAGCUCAUUCCAUGGCCCUUGAAGCACAACGCGCGGCCAAUACUCACUUGCAGGAGUGCCUCGUGCUUGAUGAGGCAUCGAAAGAAGAGCCGUCCGAAGAUGCAUCAGAUCACUGUCUCGAUGCCCUGGUCGAUGUGCCGGACUGGAAGUUGCAGCCCUGCCCGGACCAUUUCAUACCCGCGCCGCGCAAGAGCUGCAAGGCAGAGGUAUCAGCUUCUAAACCUCUUCCACAUGCCGGAUGGGUUCGGAGAGCGCAUCGGAAGCCACGUCUGAAAAGUUUCACAUCCACACAGCAGAACAUUCGCAAGAAGAAGCCAUUUACACAAGGGAGCGACAGUCCAGCUACACGCAGAUCAUUAGCAGAUGGUGUCAUACCAGCGCAGCGCAAGACGGAGUUGCCCUCAUCAUGGAGAGGCUCGGCAGGAGGUAGAUUGGCAGAUCGUUUCCCACUGGGGCUGCCCCCAACAUGCAAGCCGGAGCUGCCGGAGGUCUCAACAACGUGGAGACCAGGCCCAGGUGACGACAAGUUCUCGCAUGAAGAGGUCGCAGACAUGGAGCGGCCGACGAAAUACAGGAAGUCAUCCUAUGGCAGAGUGGAACAGGAGCGGCUCACGGCACAACAAGUCGAGAUCCUGCGUAAGGCGCAAACUUGCUGCGAUUGGGAUCCGUCUCGCUAUUCCCCCGAGCGAGUGAUGAGCAAGUGGGGACAUUUGCUACAGUUUCUUCUGCCAGAGGACCUCUGCUUCUGCCACAGCCAGAUUUCAUGGCAGUUCCGCAGCCCUCCGCACUGCGGGCAGCCUUUGAGCAGGUUGCUGGAGGACCUCCUUUCAGAGAAGGUCGUCCCCCUGGACAUAACGCCGUUAGUGGGCGUCGAGGAUGAGGGCAAGAUAUGGGUCGUUUGUGGGAACCGUCGCCUCUACGUGCUGCGACAGUAUUCUCAGAAGGUGCGGCAUGCCAACGGCGAGGUAUUCAUCCCCAUCUACGUUCACAAAAAAUCCUCAUCAGAUCCUCUGCCAGCCUCUUUGUUCGCCAAGUAUGUUGAAGCAUCUUCGACCAGGACGGGGGGAGGUUGGCCCUCCUUCUUUUCCAAUCGGGGGCCUUGGGAUUGCAAGAAGACGGAUCACAAUGCUUCCUGGCGCACCUAG